CUAACACAAAUCUUUCUCACCUAAUAUCUUCAAUUACGAACAUCUCAAAAUAACACCCCCUCCUCGAUAUCAUACAUCCAUUCCAACAAUCUACACAACCCAUUAUUUCCCCACACCUCCGUUCCCUUCCCACUAUUCAUCCCUCAUCCUUCUUCCCAACCCAAAGAGGGAGCAAGUUCUCACCACCUCACCACAAUCCCCGGAUCCCAUCAUCCAAUCCAGACAUUUUACCCGGGUGGAAUCCGCACUCCGAAUCCCGACCUCCAGCCGAGCGUCACCAAUUGCAUACUCGCUCCUACUGAUUGCAAGAAAAGAGGAGUCCCACAGGAUGACAUGAUGUUGGUAUUAAGUAGGGGAACUGGGGAGGGAGGCUCCGUACCGUACAGGACAUGGAUGUUAUCGAAUGUGGGGUUCUGGGUUGGAAAGCGGGGGUUGGGAUGGACAUCCACUCCCGAAUUGAGGUACUCGUACUCGAGUGCUUGUAUUAGAGACUCAGGAGUUGGAGGACAGAAAUUGAAUUGAAGACAGAGAGCAACUCAAAAUGAAGAAGACGAUGGAUAAGAGAGGCCAGAUAGAUAUCCCAAAUACAGUCAUUGGAAAUAGCCACCUUUAAAGUCGUUCUUAAGACAUCUCUGGGCUGUGGGUAAUACCAACCCGUCCGGAACUGAUUUAUCCCAGAAAACAUCAGAGUCUGAGAUGCAUACCUUUAGCCCCCUCUCAUUGGCAAGGCACUCGAUACAUAUGUAUCGACUGCUAUUCCCCGAAGCCCCUCAUUGACACCCCCUGACGUGCCAAUUCUGACCCCUCUUUCUCCUAUCCCCAUAAUCAUACAGACUGCUCUACCAAAUUCAUCAUCUCCUCCUGAUACUCCUGUUAAUCAACAUCCAACCACCAUUCCAAUCCCAAACAAAACAAAAACAUAACAGCCAAGAUGGAACAAGGAAGCUGCCACUGCGGCCAAACAGCCUGGGAAGUAAAACUAAUCGACAAAGUCCACAUCCUCUGGUACAUACAUUCCUAUCUCCAUCCCCUCCCAUCACUAACAAGCCAGUCAUUGCGGCGUAUGUCAGAAACUCGGCGGCGGACCCGCAUCUCUAAACCAAAUCGUCCCGAAAGAGAAUUUCAAGCUGAAGAAAGGAAAUUUGAAGGUGUAUACUUACUACGGAGACUCGGUAAGUGCCUACCUCCACUUUUUUGCUUUCCGACACGCAAUUGGUGUACAAGUUUUAUUCUCCAUGAAUUUUUUCGUAGAAGAGAUAUUCUGUGGCUAAUACCCAUUUUUCCACCGCAGGGAAAGGCUGUGAGGUGUUACUUUUGUCCGAAUUGCACCUCCCACGCCUACCAUCACCAAGAAAUCAUGGGAAAUCAUAUUGUUGUCCGGACCAUGCUCCUUGAAUCGGCAAGGAGUAUGCCACCUGGCGCUGAAAUAUUUGGAAAGGCUCGGUUGCCGUGGGUGAAAGAAGUUGCUCAGACAUUCGAUACCAUGCCACCAGAGUAGGUUCUCCUCGGAAAUGUUGCUAUAUGUUGGAGGAUAUCUGACUUCUUCAAGCGAACCAGAACCUAAAUCGAAAUUGUGAAAAUGUUGGUGUGGGAAUUGAGAAAGAGG